AUGGCUCAGGAAUACAAACUCAAAGAUAUUACCUCCCUUGGGGGCAUCAAAGGCCUGGAGAAGGUCGAGUGCGAGGUAGAGGGUGUACAGGACGGCAAGGUGCUGCUUGUGAAGUCGGACGGCAAAGUACACGCCAUCAGCCCGAGAUGUACUCAUUAUGGUGCUCCAUUGAAACUGGGUGUUGUUUCUCCCGAGGGCAGGAUCACUUGUCCGUGGCAUGGAGCUUGCUUCAAUAUCACGACUGGAGACGUGGAAGAUGCCCCGGCCCCCGCAGCCCUGAAUACAUUCGAGCUUGUCGAGAGAGACGGAGCCGUGUAUAUUAUUGGCGAAGAGGCAGCCAUCAAAGCCGGCCAACGGCCCACCGACAUCCAGUGCAGCGCUGACGGCGGCGGCGGCCUCGUCAUCGUAGGCGGCGGCUCCGGCGCCCUGGGUGUUCUCCUCUCCAUUCGAGACCUGAAAUACCAGGGCCCCAUUACGCUCAUCACGCGCGAACCAAAUCUAAUCAUCGAUCGCCCGAAGCUCUCCAAGGCCCUGAUCCCUGACGCCGAGAAGCUCCUCCUCCGCCCCGCGCACUGGUACCGCGAUGCAGGCAUCGAGACCGUCACGGACGAAGUCACCUCCGUCGACUUCGCCCAGAAGACCGUCGCCACGCGCUCCGGAAAGUCCUACCCCUACACCAAGCUCGUCCUCGCGACGGGCGGCGUCCCGCGCACGCUCCCGCUCGAGGGCUUCCAAGUCCUCGAGAACAUCUUCACCCUCCGCACCGUCGCCGACGUCCAGGACAUCCUCGCCGCCAUCGGCACAAACAAACAGAAGAGGAUCGUCGUCAUCGGCUCCUCCUUCAUCGGCAUGGAAGUCGGCAACGCCCUCGCCAAAGACAACCACGUCACCAUCGUCGGCCAGGAGCAAGCGCCGCUGCAACGCGUCAUGGGCCUCGACGUCGGCCGCAUCUUCCAACGCAAUCUCGAAACCGCCGCCGGCGUGACCUUCCGGCUCGCCGCCCCGGCCGUCGCAAGGGCAACGCCCUCCCCCGACGACCCCCGCAAAGUCGGCGCCGUGCACCUGCGCGACGGCACCCUCCUCCCAGCCGACCUGGUCAUUCUGGGCGUCGGCGUCCGCCCCGCAACAGACUACCUCCACGGGAACCCCGCGGUCUCGCUUGAACUCGACGGCUCCAUCAGAACCAACGAGCACUUCGCCGUCCCAGGCUUGCACGACGACGUCUUCGCCGUCGGCGACAUCGCGACUUAUCCCUACCACGGGCCCGGCGCGGCCCCGCACACGGGCUCCCUCGUCCGCAUCGAACACUGGAACGUUGCCCAGAACGCUGGCCGGGCGGUUUCCCGCGCCAUCGUGCAUACUCUCAACCGCUCCUCCUCCUCCUCCUCUUUGCAAACACUCAAACCCAAGACCUUCAUCCCCGUGUUCUGGUCUGCGCUCGGUGCGCAGCUCCGGUAUUGCGGCAGCACCGCGAACGGAUGGGACGAUGUGCUUCUCCAGGGAGAGCCGGACAACGCCAAGUUCGUGGCGUAUUACUGUCGGGGCGAGACGGUGGUGGCUGUUGCAACGAUGGGCAUGGAUCCCGUGAUGGUGAAGAGUGCAGAGCUGAUGCGGAAACACAAUAUGUUGACCAAGACGCAGAUCCAGAGUGGAUGUGAUGUUUUGAGCGUUGGGGUUUUCUGA